AUGGGACUGUUUUUACCACACUUUGUGCAAGGGUUAGCCCUCACAUUUCUUGGCCUAUGGCACAUAAUCAACACAAUCAAAUCUUAUCUUGUGAAAGGUCCUUCAAAUUUCACUGUAAGAUUUUGGUUCCAAAUCAACACCUUUCAAUGCAAAUUCAAACACUUGGAACUUGUUUUAAUUUUAAUCUUUUCUGUUCUAGCAUUUCUCAGACAAAUCAUAGAUUUCCCUUAUUUUCACUAUGCUUUUAAGCUUGAUAACUUUGAACAUGCAACUAUGUUCAUACACCUUGCUUUGUUUGCUGGUUUUUCAUUUGCUACUGAGUUAACCGAUUCGCUCGAACUCUUUUCUGGAUUUAUCGGGAUUUUUGUAUCCUCGGUUUUCAGUCAAGAGCUUUUCUUACUCCAUUUUCACUCCACUGAUCAUGUUGGACUUGAAGGUCAUUAUCACUGGCUGUUACAGCUUAUAGUUUUUGUUUCGCUUGUUGCAGCUCUGGCUGCAACUGUUUUUCCCAACAGUUUCAACGCAGCGAUUGUACUUUCGAUUUCGGUUAUUUUUCAAGGAUGUUGGUUUAUAAACAUGGGAUUUAUGCUUUGGAUUCCGGCAUUUGUUCCUGAAGGAUGUGUGAUGAAUAUGGCUAGUGAGAAAGGUAGUGAAAUGCAUGGAGCAGUUACAUGUGGAACGAAAGAGGCCGAUUUUCGAGCUAGAGGUCUAGCCAAUUUGCAAUUCAGUUGGAUACUUUCUGCUAUUAUGAUAUUUGCAGGAGUUGUAUGCUUGAAAUUGGCUAGAAAAUUUACGAUUGUAAGCCGGUUGGAAUAUGAGAGAAUUCAAAGUAAAGUUGUAGAUUCUACUGCGGUUAACGAUGGUUUCAAGCCGGGAAAUUAA